GUUCCCGAGUAAGCAGCACAAGUCUACUAGAUCACCCAAUUUGUUCACCUCUUACCUUGAAUUUUGUAGUUUCGCAUGUAUAUUUAAACCUGCUUUUAUAAUUGUUUUCGUAUUUAUUUCGGAGCAACCGUAACGCACGGUGGGCGCACGCGAUGAACGGAUAUUCUGACAUCCAGGAUGCAGCUCACCUUCAUUGGAGAGAGGAUUUGGGAUUCUGUCGAUGAAUGCGCUGCAUUCGUCCGGGCCAGCUGUUGUGUCCAGCAGGAGGCUUGUACACACUGCCCAUGUCGACGGAUCACCUCUACGCCUCUGUUUAUGUGAUGGGAUGGCUUGAACCGAGCCACAGUGCUGCCUGCGCGCUGUAGCAACCUUACAGCAAAAUUUCAACAACAGCAGCAGGAACAACAAAGAGAGUGCUCGCGGGAAGCUGCUGCUUCAGCCUGGGAGUUACUGUCUGCCUGCGGAUGUCCCAUCCAGCACGGAGGAAUCCGUCGAGUGCUCGGGGGGCAGCGGUUUUCGCGCGGCGGUGACAACGGUGUCAAAAAAUCCAUCUUUUUGAAACCGCCUCGCAGCACUGCAGAACCACGUGGAGACCCACCGUGGGUUUGUUAAACACCCAUGGUUCCUGUGCGUGGAUGCAGAGUCGGUCCCCUCGCGCACGCGGCGUGACAUCGUGCUCGUCGUCUGGAGAAUAGAUUUUUGUUUUGCGCUGCCGCGACACGCGAAUUAGUUUUUGUUUUUUUCAAAGAGCCUCGGUCAAUUGGUUCUCUCGACUUUUGCAGAGCGGCAUGUACGUUCAUGCUGGAAGAAGGCGCUCUUCAAAGCCGUUUGGAACAUAGGCGAAUGAUUGUGUGCGAUUUAGCAUUGAGAUGAAGAACAAAGGCACACUGGUCUCAUAGAGUUUAGCGACACAGUUUGAAGAAGCGUUUUGUGAAGACAUAAAUCGAUUUACUUGUCAUUGCCUGAGGUAAGAACACAAUAAUUGCAUUCUUUUUCACGCGGUAUUUAAACCAUGCGCUGGUAAACGUCAUGCGCAUUGCUGGCUGAAGCAAUUUUUAGUGAACGUGUAAGCUGGCUCUUCUGGAGCACAGCCGCCUGCCUCUGCAAAGCCGCAGCAGGUGAAGCCAGAAUGUCGGCGGCACAAGCAGACGGUGACAAGGGACGGAUGGGCGACGUGCUGCGCCCGGGCAGCUCGGAGGGCCCCCCCCGCGUGCGGCCCCCCCGCACAGGAUCGGAGCCUCGGAGGAAAACCGUGUACCGUAUCUGCGUCACAAUGGUGAAACACGAAUCCCUGGAGGAGAAGGGAACGGACGAGUGGCCUCCGGAUGCCGACGCCACCGCCGUCUUUCUACGGACCGAUGCUCUCAUGGGCGGCGGCUCGAGAGGGGCAGCUGUGCGCGACGAAGGGCGCGAGUGCACGGCAUGUGCCUCCGCUGCCACCGCUGACGAGAGGGGAAGCUGCGAACGAGGAGAGGGCCGUCGAUGGGAAGGAUGUAUCGAGGGUGCCAGCGAUGGAGUCUGUCCAGCGUUUGCAGCGGAGAUUGGUGCUGAACACGGGAAAGUGCAGGCACUCGAUUCACUGCAUGGAAAGUGCGAAGAGGAGGCGUGCGCGAUCCCCGAGCAGGUGAACGUCAGAGAGAGAGUUAGCGUUUACGAGCACAUUGCCGACGGUGCCAAGGUGGGAUCGGCAGGUUCAAAGGGACGUGUCGCGGCACGUCCAGAAAAACAAAUGCACGUGCGGGAAGUGGACAAAACCCUUGUAUCUGCAGAGAGGAGCUCGCUUGUUGUAUUAGCCACGGGAGAGUGGCCUGGAGAGCGUUGGAGUAGUGAAGUGGCGUCGCCCAACUUAAAGGGCCACGAUCAAAAGGCUCCCGUAAGUUUCGCUGUCAAUCAUGGUCUAAAUAAGCAUACGGAAUGUCUGACGGGACACUCUGUAGACACGUUGAGCUUCUCAAACAAGGGUCAGAUUUCCAGCGCUGAUCGCAGCUGCUCACCUAUAUCAGCAUUGGCUAAUGAACAUGGAUCCGGCUCAUCUGGCAGCAGAAGCUGCUCAAAAGUUGGGCUCAGGUGCAGCAGGGCCCAGAUACGAGAUUGUAACGUGAGAAAGCGACCUGCCAGUGCGUGUGCAUUGAGCACAUUCGAAAGCCAGGGUACCAGGGCUAGGGAUGCCACGAUGUCAGCAGGGCUGCAGAAAGUUGAAUGCCAGAGGAAAGUCAAGAGCGCCUGUGGACAUAUUUGUGUCGGCAGAGGAUUGACGGUGGACGGGUCGCAAUAUCAUAACCUGGUUUCGAGUGAGAAAGAUGCAAAUAAAUGUCUGUGUGCCCUUAAGGUUGGUCCCUCCAGAGCGAAAUCUGAAGCGCGCUUUGGUCACAAUGUGGCGGAUUUGGCAGAAUUGUGCUCGGCACAAAAAAAUGCAGUUAAUGAUGGCAACAAAUUGGCUUAUUCCAAAUUGACUAAAGCGGACAAUGAAAUAGGAACAGCCGAAACGAUGGCUGUCAUGCCAAUUGGCCAGAGCGCCACACAGGGGCAAUGCAUUGUUGGUAACACUGAUAAGCAACCUGUGACAACUGCUUCUGCAACAGCAGCCUCAUUCGAUGAUAUGCCACAGCCAUCAUGUACAGCGAGUGCUCGGAAUGUUUCGAGUAAUGAAGAGAAUAAGUCCGUGCUUAACAGUGAUAUGCAACAGAGCCCAAAAUCGAAUUGGGGUAUAAAUCACUCCAUUUUGAAAAGAGAAGAUGCUUUGGAUAGGCCAGGCAAGCCAGGGGACAAGGCUUCACUUCCCGGUAGAAGUGGAGUGGAUGGGUCCUUCACUGCCAUAGGAUCCCAGACUCCGUGCGCACCCAUCACUGAAGACAAACCAACAUCAGCAGCUGCUGAAAGGGUCAUUGAAGAAGCGUUGCAGGGAGCACGCACAGAUUUUAAAUUACUUGAAGAUGACUCAACUGGCCCAGACAUGCCUGGCACAAGUCAGAAAAGGCCCACGAGUCUGCUCUUGCCAGGCGCCAUGGGCUCAGGCAGGAGGGAGGUGCUGAGUGAUCUGGAUUCUCCCCUGUGCCGUGAAGGGCAGCCACUGCAAGUGCCGUGCUCCCUGAGCAACGACCUGCAGAAGCUCACUCUGCCCAAGAGGGAAUCGGACCAUUCAGUGAACCACAAAAACAAGUUUCUCAUGCCUUCGAAGUCAACUCCUGGACGACCACAAAAAAGCUUCAGCUUUCGGCUGCUCGGAGGGAGGGAUGCGAUGGUGCAACGGAGAGCGGAAAGCCAAGACAGGGCAGAGCGGCACUUAGGAAAAACGUGUCAGGUGCCCAACUUGACAAAAGGAAGGUCCGUGGAGAGGAAGGUAGUGCCGACCGUGCGCCUUCACGAGAAGCGGAAAACGGUGGAUGUCGGGGAGGUGCUCUCCAAGACAGACGGGCUGCUUCUGCUGCUGCAGGGUAACCAUCAGCCGCACAUGCAGCCGGAGCGCGCGAGCCAGACUCCUCGAUCCGUCUCCAGCGAGGAGGACAACGAGAUGCCUUCAGCCGGACCGGGAGCCGCAAGCACCAACCCGCUCUCGCCGAUGGAGAAGGCCGGUGCAGAUGACCCGCACAAGCUGCGCAGGUUCUUCAGCGGUAUUUUGGGACAGAGAGACUCGGGGUCGCACCUCUGGUUCGGUCUUGGGAACUACCGCGUGGACGAGAAAGGAGGGAAGGCCACGGCUGAGGAAGUGGCGGACCUCGAUAGAGGCUCUGAGCCGGAAAUUCGUAUUCACUUGGAUAGCAUCAGCAACCCCGAGGGCAACGGCACGAGCGACUCAUUUGUAAACAGCCAGGAGUGGACCCUCAGCAGAUCUGUACCAGAGCUCAAAGUGGGGAUCCUGGGAAACCUGGCGAGUGGCAAAUCGGCGCUGGUGCACCGCUACCUAACGGGCACAUACGUGCAGGAGGAGUCACCGGAAGCGCUGGAAGCAGGCGGGCGUUUCAAGAAGGAAAUCAUUGUGGACGGACAGAGCUACCUGCUCCUCAUCCGGGAUGAAGGUGGUCCCCCAGAGCCCCAGUUCGCAUCUUGGGUCGACGCCGUGAUUUUCGUGUUCAGCCUGGAGGACGAGAUCAGCUUCCAGACGGUCUACAACUACUACAGCCGCCUCGCCAACGUGCGCAACGCCUCCGAGCUGCCGCUGCUGCUCGUGGGGACGCAGGACGCGAUCAGCGCCAGCAACCCGCGCGUCAUCGACGACGCCCGCGCCCGCAAGCUCUCCAACGACCUCAAGCGCUGCACCUACUACGAGACGUGCGCCACCUACGGCCUCAAUGUGGAGCGCAUCUUCCAGGACGUUGCACAGAAGAUCGUGGCGAUGAGAAAGAAACAGCAGCUCUCCAUUGGGCAGUGCAAGUCCCUGCCCAACUCUCCGAGCCACACCAACAUGAGCACGGGCACCAUCCCCUCCGUGCACAUCAACCAGAUUCCGGCCAGCAAUGGUGGCGGUGGCGGUGGCGGUAGCGUGGUGGGUGGGGGAGGGGCAUUCAGCGACUACUCGAGUUCCGUGCCGUCCACCCCGAGCACGAGCCAGAAGGAGCUGCGACUCGACCCACUGCCCGUGUCCUCCGGCACCCCCACGCCCGUGCGCAAGCAGUCCAAGCGCCGCUCCAACCUCUUCACGUCACGCAAGGGCAGCGACACGGAGAAGGAGAAGAAGAGUGUGGAGGCAAAGUCGGACAACAUUGGCAGCGGCAGAGCCAUCCCAAUUAAACAGGGCAUGCUGCUGAAGCGCAGCGGGAAGUCGCUGAACAAGGAGUGGAAGAAGAAGUACGUGACCCUGUGUGACAACGGCAUCCUCACGUACCACCCGAGCCUGCACGACUACAUGCAGAACGUCCACGGUAAGGAGAUCGAUCUGCUGCGCACCACCGUGAAGGUGCCGGGCAAGCGGCCACCACGUGCCUCUGCUGGUCUCGGACCCAGUGCCAGCCCCAAGGCCAACGGCCUCGCCAAGGAGCUGAGCAGCACGCAGCUCGCGGCCACGGCGCCCGGCGCACCAGCGGGGGGCGGCGUCCACGCCGAGCGCUCCAUCAGUGGCAUCAACCUGGUGUCGUACAACAUGCGCCCCGAGGGCCUGCACCAGCGCUCCUUCUCCGUGUCGAGUGCUGAGCAGUGGAACGAGGCCCCCGCCGGUGCCGUCUCUGCCAACGCUAAUGGGGUGAGCGAUGCGCCCUGCUCCAGCCCCAGCAUAUCGAGCACCACCAGCCCCAAGCUGGAGCCGCCCGCGUCCCCGCACAGCAACCGCAAGAAGCACCGGAGGAAAAAAAGCACGGCGAACCCGCGCGCCGACGGCCCGGCCAACAGCGCCGAAGAUAACGACGAGCCGUUUGAGUUCCUCAUCGUGUCACUCACGGGCCAAAGUUGGCACUUCGAGGCCUCAUGUGCUGAGGAGCGCGAGUCCUGGGUGCAAGCCGUGGAGAGCCAGAUCUUUGCCAGCCUGCAGUCCUGCCACAGCUCCAAGAACAAGACACGGACGGGCAGCCACAGCGACGCCGUCACCAUCCAGUCCAUCAGGAACAUCCGAGGGAAUGCCUUCUGUGUCGACUGCGAUGCUCCCGGCCCAGACUGGGCGAGCCUGAACCUGGGCGCCCUCAUGUGCAUCGAGUGCUCAGGGAUCCACCGCAACCUGGGCACGCACCUGUCGCGCGUGCGCUCGCUCGACCUGGACGACUGGCCGCUGGAGCUCGCCGCCGUCAUGCUGGCCAUCGGCAACGCCACGGCCAAUGGCGUGUGGGAGGCCGACACGCAGGGCCUCGGCAAGCCGCAGCCAGACUCGCCCAGGGAGGAGAAGGAGCGCUGGAUCCGUGCCAAGUACGAGAGCCGCGCGUUCCUGGGGGCGGCGCCGCCCUGCGAGGUGCCGCUGGGCCAGCAGCUGCUGCGCGCCGUCGUGGAGGACGACCUGCGAGCCGCCGUGCUGCUGCUGGCGCACGGCUCGCGCGACGACGUCAACGAGACGUACGGCGACGGAGACGGCCGCUCCGCGCUGCACCUCGCCUGCGCCAUGGCCAACGUCGUGCUGGCCCAGCUGCUCAUCUGGUAUGGCGUGGAGGUGAGUGCGCGGGACGCGCACGGCUACACGGCGCUCGUGGCGGCUCGGCGCGCCGGUAGCCAGGAGUGCGCCGAGCUGCUCCUGCAGUACGGCUGCCCCGACGAUGCCGGUGCCGGCAACGCCUCGGCGCCCACCCCUAACCCCACGCGGCGCAACCCCAACAUCAACAACAGCAACUCCAGCGGCGGCAGCAACAACAAUAACAAUGGCGCCACCGUCGGCGCCGCCGCCGCCGCCGCCGUGGGCAUGAGCAGCAGCAGCAGCUUCACCGGCAGGAGUGACAUGAAGACCUCGGCGAGCAUGAUUUGAGCGGCGGACAAGCGAGCGCGAGCGGGCUCGCCAAGUGCGUGGGUCACGCAUGCUCGGCUCUAGCCCUGCGCUCGUCCCGCUGCCUGGUUAGUCACGUAUUGGCGGCAUUGUCCGCGGUCGGUCAGGGAGCUGUCGCACGCGACCGCUAACAAGGCGGUCUGCUCGUUGUGUGAAUCCGUGCUGGGUAGGGCAUUGCAUGCACAAGCGCUUUGCUUGUACGGCUACUCCACCUCUCCCAUCUCACGAGCAUGCUUGACAAGGAACAACUCUCUGCUUUGCUUCUUAAGUAAUCUCCGUAUAAAGUUCGCGUGUUCUUGCGAAAAUGGGCACAGAGGCUCUUUUCUUGAGCUGUGCGUUUUUUUCAAUGUUUCUGUUUAGUUUGUGUUGUCGGUAGAAUGCAUGUGGUCGUGUGGACGUUCUGGAAGGCUUGUGUGUGCGUGCGUGCGUGCGUGCGUCUGACCUUUGCCCCCAUCCCCCCCCCCUCCCCCGUGAGGAUCUUGCUGGGCGCAGGGCUGAGAGGAGGCCCCCGUAUCGAGAGCGGGACAAAGCCCCACUGAGUUUUGGGGUCCCCCUUCGGUCACUGCCGUUGAGAUUUACAGGAGGUGCUGCGACCACUGCAAAAAGUGCUGAAUUAAACGUACGCGUAGGCACGUCACGUAACGACCCUGACGGCCAACUUGUGAAUGUUCCAGUGCACGUCCAGUUUCAGGCUUGCAUAUGUAAAUACACCCUGAUGUCGGUCACAGCUACAUUGCAGAGGCAAAAAAAGUGAACAAACGUGAUCACCCCUCCAGCACUCCUGUUAAAGAACGUUAUAGAUAGCCCCACUUCAUUGCUGGUAUUUUCUGGUAACUUGGCAAUUGUAGUGACUACAAACGGCAACAAAGUGUUGAGAAUAAUGAGAGCAUUCAGGUGCCUGCGUAGUUGGCAGAUGAUGAGAUGUACACGGCCUUUCGAACAAACAGUACCAGCGGCACGGAAUGUAUUUCAAUAGAUUUCACCGGCUGUUCUCUACAAGUUGCAGGUGUUUUGGCUUUCCCUGCAGUGUUAUUGUAGUAGCUGCCUGUGCUGUGUAUGGCUUGCAUAUUACCGUUCGAAAGUAACCACCUUUCAUUCAACUAAACGCUACCCAGCAGGGCAGACUUUGAAUACUCAUUCUGGCUUGCUGCGGAUAAAUCCAGUACUUCACUUUGAUCGCCAUCGCACUAUAACGCCGCCUGCAAUUGUAGUAUUUAAAAGUAGCUGCCACUGUAAUGUGCAUAGACGGGUUAUUUGAGCAAGUGAAAAGUUACGUAGAUUGCCUGCAUAGCGUCUGCAUAUCGGUCAGGAAUUGAGAUGCUUUUUUGUUUCUUUCCUGCAGCACGACCACACGAAGGCAGUAGUUUGAAGUACAGUACUUGUGGUUACAUUUUCAUCUUUUCUUGCUCAUUGGAGCCAGCGUUACAUUGAGAAUUGAAUUCCAAGUAGUGACCACCAUCUCUCUCCCUCUGAAUUCCCCUGGUAUCCGUCGACCCCCCUUCUGCUUUGGACCGUUCCUUCUUCACACUCCUGCCCCCCCACCCCACCCCCCACGUGUAUGAAGGCACACCUUGCACAGGUGAAUUCUUGGGUCGUUUGCAACUCGGCAUAAUGGGUCCUUUCAUUAGGCAAGGGUGUGAAACCUGCGAGCUCCGCGUGGUUCCGGGCGAGAAGACAGGAAAAGAGGGACCUCGGAUUACGAUCUCAGCAUGUGUUUGUUUGUGAGAGUCGUAUGUGUGGCGUGUACAGCACCGCACCGCGUGCUCCUUCACACGGACGGUUUAAUUUAUUUACCUGAAUCGCAUUUGUACCAUAGCGCGGGCCAGUGUAUAUUUUGUAAAUGCUGCGACGUACAGCACAAUAUUUAUAAGGUGUAAAUAAUUUUUAUGCUCGUGCCGCAGGCGUGUAUUUAUUGUGAUACCCCCCCCCCACCGCAGAACCCCACCUACUCCCCUCCCAUAGUGCCGUCGGCACCUAAAGGUCCACAGUUCCCCCAACCUCUGGGCAGACAAGUCCACUAGGAGACCAGGGGAAGGGGGUCUUGGACCACCACAACAUUCGGAAACCAAGGCCACCACGAGGCCAGGGAACAGGGACACUGGUCAGCCACGCGGCUGGGGCCAGUGAGGCCAGGGGGCCCUGAGUGUCGGCAACGGGUAUGGCUAAAAGUCAGGGCUGAGACCCCCCCAGGGUCAGAGUGGUUGAGUGGCCUGGGUCAGGGGCUGGCUUGUGUGGCCCAGGGGACUGGGGUGUUCGGGAUCCAGGGACACCAGUGAGUGAGUUGAGUGAGAGUGGGUGUGUCCCGGAGGUUGUUCCACUGCACGUGCAGGAAUUGCGAAGUUAUGUCCGUUUUAUUUUUUACUCUCAAUCUAUACUCUGCGUUUAAACGUUUACCGUACAGCAUAUAUGAGGCAGGGCUAUUGUUGCUUAAUUUCUUGUAGAAAUGCAUUGGAAGUCAGUAUUAUGUACUUUACACGUUCUCAUAACAUCAGGCGACUCAUACCAUGUAAUGUAUUAUUUUAAAGAUUAAAGAAUCAAUAUAUUGUUUGUUUUUUAUUGUGAGAAUAUAAAAAUGGAAAUAAAUUAUAAAAAGACGUAAAAUAAAAACAAUACGAAAAGUGUUGAAAUGA